UGGGGUGAUUUGAGCUUGAGUCUCGGUGGCCGCUUCCCCCACUGUCCCGGCGUGCUUCGGGCUGCCCCGCUGCCAUGGCAACGGCCGGAGGGGCUCUGCGUCCCCCGGGCCGCCAGGCCUGGUCCCCCGGCCUCAGCCCGGUACUGGGGAGGCUCUGCCCGCUGGGAGCGGCCCUGGGGGCACGGAGGGCUAUCCUCUGCGGUAGGAGGGAAGGGGAGCGGGGCCCCGGGGUCCCUGGCAGCGGGGGGCUGGGGGCCGCUGGCCUAACGGCCCUGGGAGAGGUUUGUCCUUCCAGGCUCUCUGGGCCUCCGAGCGCGGCGUUUCCAGGCGCGCACGGGAGGUGGUGCUGGUCUCCGGCCGUGGCGGCCUCUUGGCUCCAAAUCGGCCGAGCUCUCCGUGCAGCUAACAGAGGGGCAUGGCUGUGAGAGCUUGUGGCUUGAUCAUCUACAGGAGGCUGCAGGCAGUACCAUCUUCUAAGGUCACUGACAGUAUUGAAUACCUCCUCCUUCAGACAUCCUAUGGGACCCAUCACUGGACCCCACCCAAAGGCCACGUGGAUCCAGGAGAGGAUGACCUGCAGACAGCCUUCCGGGAAACACAGGAAGAGGCUGGUCUUCAGGCCAGUCAGCUCACCCUCAUAGAAGGGUACAAGAAAGAACUGCACUAUCCUGUCCGUGGCAAACCUAAGACCGUCAUUUACUGGCUGGCAGAAAUGAAGGACUGUAACACAGAAAUCAAGCUCUCGGAAGAGCACCAAGCUUUCCAAUGGCUGAAGCUGGAGGAUGCUUGCAAAUUUGCAGAAUAUGAAGACAUGCAAGCGACACUGAAAGAAGUGCAUCAAUUUCUCUGCUCCAAAGAAUAAAUGUUUUUGUGAAGGAUAAGGGGAAUUUUUAAAGCAUGGUCCAAUUCAACCAUGAGCCAGAGAUGUCUGAAUUGAAACCCAGAUCUAACAAAGACUUCCUAUGUCCCUGUUUCCUAUUUUUUUCUUCCCUUGAAGUGCUGAACAACCACAGAUCUCUUGGAAAAAUCAAACAGUUGAUAUUUCUUGACUUGCUGAUGUAGAACUAGCGUAAGAAAAUGAGCAUAUGGAGAUUUUUAAUAACAAAAUGUUUACUGCAGAAGUUGCACCUUGCAUUUCAAAUAGGGAAGCAGUAGUUCUGUUCCCUACUCCUCCACUGAUAUGCUGUGAUAACUUGUCAAAUCAUUUCAGGUCUUGUUUGUUUGUAUCAUGAAUUUAUGUACAUCACUAAUGUACUGUUAUGAAAACAUUUUCCAUCCAAAGAGUCUUAGUAAACAGUUGACAUACAG